CACUUAACAAAGUUGUGAAUUUUAAAUCUAAAAAAAUGUACUUGUUUAAAGGAAUUUUAGUUUUCUUUUUCUUUUUGACGGUGGUUUCGGCAGAUAUUUUCACGUUCGGCGCUGUUCUGGCAGCAUUUUGUUCAGCCGCUUAUGAAAAAUUAUUCUGUAGAGAUUCAGAAUGUUGUACAGAUAGAUGGAUAUCUACUAAUUUUAAAGGUUUGAAACAGACUCUUAAUGACAAACUAUAUGGUCAACAUCUUGUCGCCGAUAUCAUUGUUAAUCAAUUAAAAGGACAUAUCACUAAUCAGCCACAAAGUGCACUUGUUUUCUCCUUCCAUGGAUCUACAGGAACAGGAAAAACAUAUUCAACCAAGCUUUUAGUCGAUAAUAUGUAUAAGAAGGGAAUGCAAAGUAAAUAUGUCCACUUAAUAUCGGCAACCAAAGAUUACAAUAAUGACUCCGAAAUUGCGUAUUAUAAGGAUAAGUUAAAAAAAUUUAUUGAAGCACGAGUGAAGGAGUGUCGACGUUCAUUGUUCAUUUUCGAAGAAAAGGACAAGAUGCCAGCUGGAAUUUUAGAUAUUCUACGGCAUUAUCUAGAUAAUUAUGAAAAAGUUGGGGAAGUGGACUACAGACAGACAACAUUUAUAUUUAUAAGUAAUACAGCAGAAAACGAUAUAUUUACGAAAACACUUGAACAUUGGAAGAAUAACUUAGCCAAUCCGAGGGAAUCAAUUACAUUCAAGGAAAUGGAACAGAUAAUAAAAUUAUCUAUGUUCCUUACUGCUGCUGUGAAACACAACAUUGUUACGAUUUUAUUUUUUGCAGGUGGUUUGUGGCACAGUGACCUUAUAAAACAUGAUCUUAUCACAGCUUACGUACCAUUUCUGCCACUUGAAAGACAGCACGUGAGGCAAUGUAUAAAACAAGGACUGAUUCGGAAAGGGUUUUACAAAUCGAUUGAUGAAAUAAAACAUGGACUAGUCGAAGAAAUAGCAAGCGAAUUUGUGUACAUCCCCGAGGAUAUACAACUUUUUGUUGUAAAUGGUUGUAAACGUGUAGAUCAGAAAAUAGAUUUAAUCAUGUACUAAUUAGAAUUUAACAUACAGUAAAACCUCUGCAGAGCAACUCCUUUUGGGACACAAAUAUUUUGGUCGUUGUUAAGAGGUGAUGCACAAGAGAGGUUUAAAGAUAUACCAUGCUCAGAUUUGAUAUAAGAAAAUAUUGAUAAUUUCUGUACAGUCUCUUUGCAAAUAUAAUAUAACAAUGUUUUGACUUCAUACAAAGUGGAUAUGUUGUGUUUAAAACUCAACGAACUAUAGGUGAUUACAAAUGGAUAGUGACAUUAAAACACUGGCAGUUUUUUUAAGAAAAGGCGAACCUUACUUGUCUUGUAAAAUGGAAUGCCGAUUCUCAUACAUAGUUUAUUCAUUCCCUUAAUUAUAUUAGACAUAUUCAGCAAGAAUUUCAUAGAUUUCAAUAAAUUUCUGUGAUUAAAAUAUUUCACUCUAGUAUGAGCAUAGUAUAUCUUUAACUUCUGUAAGGACUUAUGCUGUGCUCCUCUUAGUUCGUGGUACUACGUUUUCGGGAGUUUUCAUAUAGACAUAUAGGCAAAAUUAAAACUGUUCAAUAGAAUUUCUUCAAACUUGGCAUGUUGUUAGAAUAUGAUAACAGAAACAUUUUAAGCGGAAAAAAAUUGGGGUCACCGUUCUCAUUUUUGAGUUAUCUGCCCCUGAAUCAGAAUUUUCUACUUAUUUGAGGUCAUUUCAAGGGCAGAUAGCAUACUUAAAUGAAUUCUUGUUUUUGCUUCUGGAUUAUGUUUUUCUUUUUAUUGUUAAGUACAAUACAUAAUAACAUGCAUUUCCGUAUAUCGUUUCUGUUAAUUUUUUUCAAUGAAAAUAAAGGUACUUUAAAUUCUUAAAAAAUAGGGCAUUUUUUAAGAAAAAAAUGCAUGGGUGAAAAGAAAAAGUGAAAAAAAAUUUAUCCACUCUACAUUUGUUCUUGAAAUUUUGCAUAUCGACUUAAAGGAAGGUAAGCUUCAUGAAAAUUAGAAAAAAAAUUGUAUUGCUUCCCUUCAUUGUAAAUUAUCUGCCCUUGAAUUUAACGAAAAAGUCCAAUUCAAGGGCAGAUAACUCGAAAAUGAGAACGGUGACCCCAAUUUUUUUUUUCGCUUAAAAUGUUUCUGUUAUCAUAUUCUAACAACAUGCCAAGUUUAAAUAAAUUCUAUUGAACAGUUUUAAUUUUGCCUAUAUGCCUUUAUGGAAACUCCAAAAACGUCCUUAACGCUUUGAAGCAAAAAAGAAAACAACACAUAAAAUUUACGAUACAAAAAUUGUCAUUAGCUGUAACAUAUACAUGUAGGUAUUUUCUGCUGUAUGACAUGAGGAAACAACAAUAUAUUCAGUCAAAAUCAGUUUAAAUGAGCCAGACGUUGACCAAAUGUCGGCCAUUUUGAAAACAAUGUAUCAUUUAAAUCGCGGUAAUCGUGUUUUAUUUCAUUUUUUUCAUAUUUCAGUUAAAAUUUCUACAUGUUAUUUUGCAUAAUUUUAAAUAUUACAAGUAUCUUUACAUUGUAACUCAAAAUUUGUCUUUUUAACAAACAAGAACAUUUAGAAAAUGAUGAUUGUUUCAGACGUAUGCACAAAUUUUACGGACUAUUGUUGCUUUUUGCUGAAGUUUGUAAAAUGUUGUUCUGUUUUACGUAUAAAUCUAUAGAUUUCAAAUAUUUUGCACAAAAAUUUUGUUGUUUAGGUGUUUGAAUAAAAUAUGUCAAUUCUUACCAAUUUUAACACUGGUCACAUAAAAAUAUGCCAUUACCGUGAGAUAAGUGAUGACGCGGAAUUAGUGAUUUUGAGUAUACUUUGGGAAAAAAUAAUUCCCUUGUUGUACAGAAGUUAUUACUUUACAGGGGAAAUUCUGUAUAGGUUGUACCGAAGGUCACUCUGCUUAGGUUGUACCGUAACUCUGUAUUCAUCAUAGAGUAAACAUGAAGUAAGACUUAUCAUGCUGAUGAGCUUUGUUAAUGCAACAAAGAUUGAUUGAUUUCCUGCUUAUCUUAUCCGUUUUUACCAAGUAAUCAAUAAAAUUAAAAAUUC